UUUAGUCUAUGGUUUAGUUAUAUUUUCGGUGUGGUGGUCGAUUUAUCAAUUUUUCCUGUAAUUGUUGCUGAUUUUAAGCGGGAAUUCAUACAAUUACAAUAAUAACCUGCAACCAUGAGCGUCGAAGAAGAUGUAAUGAAAAUACAAAAGAAAUUGACAAAAAUGAUAUCGGAUGACGGCACGGGCCAAGAAGAAGCUCUUGAACUUUUGAAGGCUCUACAGACUAUGGCAAUCAAUUUGGACGUGUUGACCAAAACGAGAAUUGGAAUGACUGUGAAUGCUAUUCGCAAGUCUAGCAAGGAUGAGGAGGUAAUUUCUUUAUGUAAAACUCUGAUAAAGAACUGGAAAAAGUUUCUUUCAACACCAAACACUCCAUCCAAGGACAAUGGAAGCUCAUCUAAAUCAAAAAAAGAUGGCAAAGACAAGGAAAAGAAGGAUGAUAAGGAGAAAGAUAAAAAGUUACCAGCUUCCUUUCCACCUCAAUCCAAUACAACUGAUGCUGUACGACUGAAAUGCCGUGAACUGUUGACACAGGCCUUAAAGGUUGAUGGUGAAAACCCUAGCUCUUGUGCCACUCCUGAAGAACUUGCUGAAGAAUUGGAAGAAUGCAUUUACAUGGAGUUUAAAAACACUGACAUGAGAUACAAAAAUAGAGUGCGAUCUCGAGUUGCUAACUUGAAGGACCCUAAAAAUCCUACUUUAAGAACAAAUUACUUAAAUGGUGUUGUUGCAGCCUCUAGACUCGCUAAGAUGACUCCUGAAGAGAUGGCAAGUGAUGAGAUGAAGAAACUCAGAGAGAAGUUUAUCAAAGAGGCGAUCGAUGAUGCUCAACUGGCUACUGUCCAGGGAACUAAAACUGACAUGCUCAAGUGUGGCAAAUGCAAAAAGAAGAACUGCACCUACAAUCAACUCCAGACCAGAAGUUCUGAUGAACCUAUGACCACUUUUGUCCUCUGCAAUGAAUGCGGAAACCGUUGGAAGUUCUGUUAAGACUGCUUUUACUACAACCUUAGAUUAACAUAGUGUGUUUAUCAAUAUUAAGAUGCAAUAAGUGUUGUAUCAAAUAAUUCUACUACCUUUUAUUAUGAAUUAUGAUAUUUUGGUUUGCUGUUAAUGCAUUGACCUUAUAACUACCAAUGGAUACGGAAUCAUGUUGAGUAGAUAAGGCAUCCUUAGUUUUACAUAAUAAAUUAUCUGCUUUAAGUAA